UGUUCACGAAAAAUCUCUAAAAAAGACCUAACAAAUGAUUCGCACAACCUUCAAGAAGUUCUCCAGCAAGGUACUGAAGAAAAGAACGAACAACUUUUGAAACUCUCUUGCUUGCUUAUUUCUUGUUCAAGUUAAUGACAUGAUCAGCACAAUCCCGAACCCAUUAAAGAUCAAAACGAUUUUUGAAAUUAUUGUGGCUUCUGAUCUCAUUUUAUAGCCUGUUAGUCAGCUGGCCAGGAAAGUCAAAAUUGUUGAAGUGGGACCCAGAGAUGGACUUCAGAAUGAAAAGGUACCGUACUUGAUCGACAGACAUCUUGUUCCUGAUCUCCUCUACCCACUACAAAUAAACCCCACUGAAGGCCAGGGGUGAGAGGGGAAUAUAUAAUAAUUAUGUUUUCUGUCGUUGGUCUAGCCUUUCUAGUAUCAGCUGUUAAUGAAAAAGAAAAUGAUAUCUUCUUCCUUUACUUGACUCCAUCUAUAAAGUUGGUUCUUCUGUUCCUUACCAUCUCACCAUUAGCACCUUAUUCCUUGUCAUAAACUCACAAGUUUUUUUUUCUUAUAAUACAGAGUGCUAUUAAAAAGCCUUACCUAAUUUUUCUUGUCUCCCAAGUACAAAUGUACCCUCAGGUAGAUGAGGUACCUGUAAACUUUUUUCGACCUCUCUAGCAUGGCUUCCUACCUUUUCCUCCAAGGUUGCCACUUUAGUGAGGUUCAACUGCUCAUAUUCUAUUCUGCUCAAUAAGAUUGACAACACAUCUUUAAUCUGAUACCGAGUAAAUGUGCAGCAACAACUCCCUCCUAAUAUUGUUUUAGAUACGUAAUGUACGAACUAACUUACUCUUGUUAAAACGCCUUACACUAGAUGUAGACAAACACAAACACAAGCUGAACGCAGAUGUCACCUUCCUAUUUAGACAUAUUACACCUGGGGGGGAUCAAUUUAAGAUGGAGUUAGCUUGUUGUGUCAGGCUCUCAGAUAGCAUAGUAGGGAUGUAAAUACUAACAAGCAAAGCGAAAACAAGACUCUCCUGCCCUGUCUUUCCCCAGCCCCAGUGAGUUUUUGGCAUCAAUUUUUACUGAAAGACUCUGCUACCAUCAAGUGGAGCCUGGAGCACUGCUAAGUUGGAGUACUCUACCAUAUCAUUGUAUCUUUACAGGCUAUUGUUCCAACACAAACAAAGAUCAAGUUGAUUGACAUGCUGUCAAAAACUGGUCUCUCGUCAAUUGAAGCAACCAGUUUUGUAUCACCCAAAUGGGUUCCCCAGGUAUUCCACAUAGUUUAGACUUUUUUAUAACUAGCAACAGAACUGCUUCCUAUUUUCUUCACCCAUUCAUCCUUGAAUCACCCUUAAUCACCCGUGUGGAUCCACAACCCGUCUACGGCUUGUGAAAUCAUCAGUUUAAAUGGUAAAGGAAAAUUUGUUAGCUAACUUGUGCAGAGUGAAGAGAUCUUUCAAGCCAUACCAGAAUUAGCACCGUUCAGUCAAGGAUUAGCCAAAGAAAAUGGCAAAAAACCAUGUAACACGGACUUAUGUCCGUGAAAAUUUUGUUUCACUACCCACCUUCCUCUCCUUUCAUCUAAUCUUAGGGGCAUGUGUUUUCAUUUCUGACAAGAAAAAUUGAAAUACAAUUUAUGUGAUAUUGCAGCAUGUACAUCAGAAAAAGUCUGUACGUGUCCGUUGAAAAAUAUUAGCAAUAGAGCGGUUUUCACUUGACUGUCGAAAGGGAUUGGUUUUGGUUUUGGUUUUGGUUUUACUACGCCCUUUGGUUGGCUAGUGUAUUUACUUUGGUUUUGGUUUUACGACAGUCAAGUGAAAACUGCUCUAUAAGGAUGUAUAUUUAUUUUUCAAAUUCAAGAUGCUUUAAUCUAACAGAUGGCUGACCACAAACAAGUCAUGACAGGAAUAAGCAGGAUUCCAGGCAUUUCAUACCCAGCUCUUACACCAAACCUCAAAGGUUUUGAAGCAGCAGUAUGUUACAUUUUAUUUUUAUUCUUAAACCCUCGACUUUAUUUUACCAUUUAAUGUUAUUAUUUAAUUAUUAUUAUUUUACCAUUUAAUGUUACUCAUUUGGAAGGUUGCAGUGGUAUUAAGCUUGUCGCAUUAAAUUUUGGCAGGUGUUUUGUUCAAUAUGCACAUUUGUCUUGGUUUUUUGUAUUUAUGGGAACUGAUCAGGACUUUGAAAUUGCCAAAUACCUGGCCAUGUUUAUUCAAAAGUUAAGGAGAAGGACAUAUGUGACACAGGCUAGAUCAGACUAGUUUUGCAUUGAAGGGUUACUGGAGAUGAAAGUUGACAGUUAGGAAGCAGAAGAAAAAUGCAAAUCCCUCAAUUUUUUCAUUCAAUUAUGCAAUAAAAUACUUAAACGUUUUUUUAAAAAAAAAAUUGAAACCUGUUGUUCCUAAGUGAAUCAUUCAACCUAAUAUUCCUUCAUUUGUUCAGUUUCAUUCUUUUGAUAUCUACUGAACGCGUCCUCAUUAUUGAUUAUCAUCUCUGACUACUUUCUUUUUUCUUUGUUAGAUGGAGAGUGGAGUCAAAGAAGUGGCCAUAUUUGGAGCAGCAUCAGAGUCAUUCAGUAGGUGAGUCGUUUAAAAGAAUAUUACUUAAAAUAUAUACUAAAUACAACUGUACCCUUCUAAAGCAGACUAACUUUAAUCCCAAUAAUGCCUGAAACCAAUUUGAUGAAAAUGUCUAUAACAGUAUGGCAUCAAGGAAAGUUUGGAUUCUUGAUAAAAAAUAAUACUAUUUCUCAGCAUCUCCUGUGGUCUUUGACAUUAUUACUUUCCUCAAAUAUAAAUAAUUAUUAUAUUAAUUUUAUUUUUACCAUUAAAAAUAACAUAAUAAAUGUUUGUAAUAUGCAUAGACUGAGAAAAAGUCAGUUUUAUGUGUGGGGGUGUACAUAUUACACAUCUUACUGCCAGCUUGUCUGAGUGAGGGGGUGUCAAAUACAAGGAGGGAACGUGUCUACUUCUGUAAAAAAUACAUCAUUCAUACAACGAUUUUAGUAGAUUCCUGCAAGGAACAAUAGUUCAAAGUUACUCAGGGGUAAUUCUGUGGGCUAACCAUCUAGUUCUUUGAUAUGUCAUCCCUGCAUUUUUCUUCUUCUUCUUCUUUUUUUUUUUGCAGCAAAAGAACUGGAAAAAUAUUGUUUGAUUCCCCCCAAUCUAACUGAAAUGCUUUUAAGGUGGCAUUACUGGGCAUAAGUACUAGUUUAAAUGUCUGCUCAGUAUAGAACACUAUAUUUUUGAAAGUUCUUAUGUCAGAAUGUUUUAUGCAUUUUGAAUCUUUGGUUUUUGCUUGAAGGAAGAACAUAAAUUGCUCAAUAUCAGAAAGUCUUCAGAGGUUUGAAGCUGUAUGUGAUGCUGCGAAGAAGAACAACAUCCUUGUGAGAGGGUAAGGGUUCGUACAUGUAAACUUCAAUUAUAUAAUACAGUAUCCAUAUGUAAUUGUUUGUAAUACAUUUAUGAAAUGUUUUUUACUUGCAACUGGCAACUUUUUUUGGUUUGGACAACUUGUUUCUUUUAAGCUUGCACAUCUUGACAAUAAGACAUAAUUCUAACCUUUUUUGCCUGUUCAAUACUUUUAAAUUUGAAGAAAGACAUGAACAUGUUGGAAAAUAUAUAGAGGCAUAGUAGAGAACAAAAAUUCUCUAAAAUUUGCCAGUCAUAUUAUCUUGGGUCUCUCAUGUUAUCUUCAGGUAUGUUUCCUGUGUAGUGGGGUGUCCUUAUGAAGGCUUUGUACCUCCAAAAGCUGUUUCACUGGUAAGAUUUACCUGUAUCCUGCAAGCACACUCUUCAUUUAGUGGAGUCGUGAGAAUUCAUGCAAUAGCAGAACACGAAAGGAGACGCGAGCUCACAGGCUAGAUUUACGGUCGGGUUAGGUUUCUGAAAGUAUCUUUACGCAGUUUAAGGGGGUCUUUACCCACAUCUGACUGGUACUGAACCGGUCAGGAUGAGGGUGAGAAUUCCAUUCUAUCCAUUCCAGCAACUUCCCUUUAUCUUCCCCCUGUUGGAAUUCUUUCUGAUUAAAAUUACUUCAUACCUACUUACCCCGGUUUUCAGCCUCGUUCCAGACCUUUUGUUUGACUGCUCGCGCAUACUUGAAUACGCAAAAAUGCGGACUGUUUUGCAGUCUACCUAUUUUUUAACUGUAGUUAACGAUGUCAGUCAAACUUCUCGCUAGCAAAAAAUUCCUGCGACUUACCAGCUCAGCAAUAUAUUUUUUUCUGAUUUGCCUCCAACAGGUUACAAAGAAUUUGUUCGAAAUGGGGUGUUAUGAAGUGUCCCUGGGUGAUACUAUUGGUGUAGGGACGCCAGGUAAAGUUGAAACACCAAACUACAUCUGUACAUACGUAAACCGGUCGUUUCGCCUGUACAUCGAUUUGUCUUCACCGGGGUCGAUUCGCCUACUUGAUCUAUUAAAGACUUAGUUGUUUUAGCGGUAUCAGGUCGUUUCUCUCGAAGGUCGGCUCGCCCGAUAGCAGUUCGCCCAGACUAAGUCGAUUCGCCCGAGGCGUAUUUGUCGUUGUUUAAGCCUGAAAAAAGAGAAUAUGCAUUGAAAGACAGUGACUGUGUAUGUGGAAUCCAAGGGUAACUGAAAUAACACCUCUAAAGGUAUUUUCACCAUGUUGUAGAGUGUUGCAUGUCAUCGGGCGAAUCGACCAAUAACUUGGCGAACGCCGUCGGGCGAAUCGACUUUCGGGCAAAACGACCGCAUUUCGUUUCAGCGACACUAAGUUUACACAAGUAAAAGUAUAGUACAAGUAGGAGUAAAGCUUACCGAUGACUCUGGCAUGUUUAAACUUAAGAUUAUUUUUAAUAUUCACCUAUCGACGACCGCGCGACUUCUCCAGACUGAUCUCUAUGUAUUUCCUUGAAAAUGUAAGUUGAGAGAAAUUGUUUGUAGUAAUUGUUAUAACUUUUCUCUUGAUUAUGUAUCGAUAUUGUCAGGAGAAAAUUGAUGUUUAUCUCAGAUUUGAACUUAGAAUGUUAAGACUGAAAGUGUGUUCAUAAAUGUGUAAUAUGCAGCCUUGAACGUGUUCCUCAUCAAAAAAGGUUUGUUUGUAUAUAGGGUCAACACAGGCCAUGCUGGAAGACGGUCUGAAGAAAGUACCAGUGGAAAAUUUGGCUAUCCACUGUCAUGACACAUACGGGCAAGCUUUAGCAAAUAUUCUCACUGCACUGCAAGUAAGUAAACACUUACCAUAGUGCCACUUUUUAUAAAGGGAUUCAUCAUCAAGGCUCUUCACGCCAGAAGACGCUGAAGGUCUUCAUAGUGUUUUUACUACCCUGUCUAUUUGUGCUGUUAAGGUCUCCACCAGUACCUUUCCAAAGGUCCGUAAAACGCCUCAUUACGAUAGCCGACAUUAAGCGAGUUUCCCGCGAAAUGACGUCUGAGAAACGAGUGCAGAGAUUCCUCACUAGUGACUUGUCACUACCCAGAUCUGGGUAGUGCUUUCAGUAGGUCGUACCGCGUGGGAAAUUUGCUUCAGUCAAUCAGAAGCGCUUUCCAAACCUGGUACUGACGCGUCACCAGUAUGGUAUUUGAGACCUCAUUUCGCGGGGAAACCAGUGGUGGUGAAGCAAAAUGUCGGCCGUUUUCUUAGGCUAAUCGAGACAGAAAUGGCGGGAUUGAUGACCGCAAAAUAAAGGUCUCGCGUUAAAUAUAUCGGGAAAGUUAAUAGAGAUUAAGCAUCGCGUUUAUGACAAACGGCAAACGCGAGAUUCAAGUUGAGAAAUUUUCGAAGUGAGAAAUGAGCAGGUAAAAACAGUUUAAAACAAUUGUUAUGGAUAGAAUUGGCGAGAAUCUACCGAUUUUCGUGUACUUAUUAUGAAUAGUAAACUAGGGUUAAGGGGGAAACUUGGCCACUUGGUACAAAUUGACUUUUGCCGUUGGCCGUAAACGCGAUGCUUUAUCUCUCUUAUGGCUGUUGUUCUUUCUCGCCAUCCUGUUACAUGAUACCACAAGACUGCGUUUUUACGCUUCAUGUGAAUAGAAAAUCUGUGACGUAUUUCCUGUGAGACCUGUUUGUGCCCGCAACUAGAAUUUCUUGCAACAUAUUUUUUCUCCCCAAUCGCGGAAGAUUUCGCUAAAAAUAUUAUUUUUUCCCUGAGAAAAUAUACAGGGUGCAAGGGGUGUCGCACCAAUACACAAUUGACUUUCAACGAUCUCACUAGCGAUUGCAUCACUCGUUUUAUCGGGCAGGGCUCUGGCAUUUCUUUUUUUGAUCUCAGGUAGUAGAUGUUGUUAAUAAACCCCAUCAAAAAGGUAUUGCAUUUUUUAAAUUUUACCAUAGCGUAGUGCCCCCGUACGGUUUUGCUAAGAGGCAAAACCCGAGGCGACUUCUUCGAUGUGUACAACGGCUAAGCUUAGAUCAAAUGAUGAGUGUUGUCAUAUGGGAGGCUGGACGUUUUUUCUCUCCCUACCCUAGUAAUGAGCGUAUAUCAGGGUCUCACAUUUCUAAGUUAAUUCAGUCGUAACUGUAUUCUAAUAGCACAACAUGUCGCGACAGGUUUUACCUGAGUGAAAAUGUUGUUAAUGAUUUUUGAGGUCGGUACAUAUUCGUUUUAUAUCCGUGUAUUUUUUUUUCUUGUUUUCCACCACAAUGAAGAUGGGUGUGAGGACAGUAGAUGCUUCAGUCAGCGGUCUUGGUGGCUGUCCAUAUGCGCGGGGCGCAUCAGGAAAUGUUUCUACUGAAGAUGUCGUGUACAUGAUCAAUGGAAUGGGCCUUGAAACAGUACGUUUAUUGUGUCUCUAGACUACGAAUAGUCCCUCAUUGUCCCUCACCGGCGUUUCACUCGCUCUACUAUCCCUGAGGGAAAGUAAGGGACCACUCGUAGUCUGUUAUGUCUUUGGCUAUUUUGACACUAUACCGAAUAGCUUUUCCGCCACCACUAAAAUCCUACCAGAUAGCGCUUCUGUGGUUUACACACAAGAGUGGUUGUGGCGGCGCGAUUUCUGUGAAAGAGCGUAGCGGCGCUGAGGCGAUCUCGAAAGUGGAGCGUCACAUAUCAGAGAGGUUUUGUGCCAUACUUUAGUGCAUUGUGAACACGUAUUCGGCCCGUAGCGGAAGUAAAUAAGUUGGAGCGAGGACUGGAACCCACUGAGACGGAAGUAAAUAUUCCGGAGUGAUGGCUGGAAUUAAGUGCACUAACGCUCUCAAUCAAACGGGCCGGCACGAUGGUCAAUCCGUGUGAACGACUUGUGCCUCCCCGAGCGGUUGCCGUUCAUAAUACCGAAUAGUUUUUCGCGGGGCCAUGAAAAGCGAUCUGGUAGAGUAUGAACUUUUUUUUCCUACCUGGGAAGAGUCAUUACUGAUUGUAAUCGUUUUGUUGUUUCUCAAAAAGGGAGUAGACUUGGAGAAACUAUUGGAUGCAGGCGACUUUAUCUGCCGAGCACUCAAUCGAAAAAGUGCAUCUAAAGUUGCUCAAGCAAGAAGAGGUGUUACUGAAACGAACAGCUGAUUAAUAACGUUCAUUCUGUGGAGGGAAUAUUUAUCGGAACAAGUCGCCAAUGGAAAGACCUUAUACCUCUUUUUACCAGACAGGAAUGGAAUUCCUUUUAUGGUAAACAGUACGGUGGAAAUGGAGGUAGCACCUAAGGUAAUGGUGGAUGGCUCUGGGUGGACUGUGGUCGCAUCAGUACCCUGUGGUGGCCGUGAAGCUGUGGUAUAAGAGAGCUUAACCAAAGGCAUUUUUGAGAGACGCACGUCGACCGGAAGUGAGGAUGUUUCCUUUUAAUAUGCUUUGACGCUAUAAAAUUUGUAUUGCUUAGUUUCUUUACUCUUGAGGAGACGAUUUAACUGA